AUGCAUGAAGUUGGAUUUCCGGUGGACAUUUCCGUCUGCACUCGCCUGGUACCGACUCUGUUCUUCCUCCUUGUCGGUGUCUUUUACUUUCUCAGAAACACCUUCGCUAAGUACUUCGACAUCGGAGCCACCGCCGCCGACUCGGAAUGUUUCGACAGGGAAUUCGCGGCGGAGGAUUGCUCUGUCUUCGAGAAAUGCUCCCGCUGCAAAUUUCUCGGAUACUGCUCAGCGGAGUGGAGACGAGACAAGAUUAGCCUUAAGCCAAGAGAAGUUCUUUUCCCAUAUGACGAGUUUGUUGAUUAUUUUAAGUGGGACAAUCAAGAAUUGGCUCCAUGUGGGCUCAUGAAUUGUGGAAACAGCUGUUUUGCGAAUGUGAUUCUGCAAUGCCUUUCCUGGACUCGUCCUCUUGUUGCAUACCUUCUCGUGAACGGCCACAGGAGUGAAUGUAUGCGCUACAACGAUUGGUGCUUCUUCUGUGAAUUUCAAACCCAUGUCGAGAGAGCGAGUCAAAGUCGGUUCCCUUUUUCACCAAUGAACAUCAUUUCACGGUUAACUAAUAUUGGUGGAACUCUUGGUUAUGGGAGACAAGAGGAUGCUCAUGAGUUUAUGAGGUAUGCGAUUGAUACGAUGCAAUCUGUUUGCCUUGACGAAUUCGGUGGAGAAAAAAUGGUGCCUCCUUGCUCUCAAGAAACAACACUGAUUCAGUAUAUAUUUGGAGGUCUCCUCCAAUCACAGGUCCAAUGUACUGUAUGCAGUAACGUUUCUGAUCAAUAUGAGAAUAUGAUGGAUCUAACCGUUGAGAUUCAUGGGGAUGCUGUGUCUUUGGAGGAAUGUCUUGAUCAGUUUACAGCCAGAGAGUGGCUUCAUGGAGAUAACAUGUACAAAUGUGAUAGGUGUAGUGACUAUGUAAAGGCAUGUAAGCGUCUUACGAUUCGGCGCGCUCCAAACGUUCUUACGAUUGCCUUAAAGAGAUUUCAGGGAGGAAGUUACGGAAAACUGAACAAAAGAAUAAGUUUUCCUGAGAGAUUGGAUCUUGACCCUUACAUGAGCCAAGGCGGAGAAGGAUCAGAUGUAUACAAACUCUACGCUGUGAUUGUCCAUUUAGACAUGUUGAAUGCAUCAUUCUUCGGCCAUUACAUAUGCUACGUCAAAGAUUUUAGUGGGAACUGGUAUAAAAUAGAUGAUUCCGAGAUAGAAAGUGUUGAGUUAGAAGAUGUCCUUUCUCAAAGAGCUUAUAUGCUCCUCUACACUAGGAUUCAAGCUCGAUCAUCAUCAUCAUGUGCGAGUCUCAGAUCAGAAGUUCAAGACGAGAAUAAAACAGAUACAUUGGACAUGAAAGCUUCCCUACAAGAGUUAGUUGAGAGUCCAAUGGUGGGAGCUAUUGACAGCGGAAGCAUCAUCAAUACAGCUAUUGAAGACCCUGAAUCCGAACAAGAAUCAUCGUCAUUAUCAUCAUUGUCUUCAUCUUCAUCACCAUCUGUAGUGACCUCUGAAUGUAGUAGGGAGGUCGAGAGUGUUGAUACGUUGGAUUCUGAGUCAAACUCUUCAAGUGAUGACUCUGCAACAGAUCAUCAUCAAGAUGAUGCAGCAAAUGGGAACAGAGAUCCGGUGGAGAAAAAUCUGGCUGUAGAUUCUUGUUUGGACCCUACAACUUCAGCUUCAACUCCAUCGGUUUGUUCAAAAUCCAAACUCCCGGUGAGAGGCAUGGUCGUCGAGAUGAUCGACGCUCAGUGA